UCUGUCUCUGCCCACUCCUCCGAGGUCAUGUGGCUUACUUUAGCAGCUAACAAGAUCCUAGAGGACAGAGUCAACGAUCAAGAUUCACCAGCUGAUGCUGAAUCUUCAGUUGAAAUUCAAAAUUUCACGUAUACAUUUCUCUUUUAUUUUUAUCUAUAACAUUUACAAAUUCUUCUAUACACUUCCAUUUUAUCUUAUACAGCUUCCUGUCCCUUUUGUUUUCCUUUCGAAAAGAUUAUUUGUUAGCUCAUGGAAUGUUGGAGGCAUUACACCACCUUCCGACUUAAACUUUGAAGACUUGCUCGACACUCGAAACGAGUUGGCUGACAUCUAUGUUCUCGGGUUUCAAGAAAUCGUACCUCUGAACGCUGGAAAUAUUAUGGUGACAGAGAAUACAAGCAUAUCCAUGCAAUGGAAUUCUCUAAUUAGAGCAGCUCUCAACAAGACUGCUAUUAGUCAUCAGAAGGCAGAGGCGGGAGAAAAUCAAAAGGUUUACCCACUAAAAAGAGAGGGUUCCUUCACUACUUCAGCAACUAAUAAUUCACCACAUGAUUUUGAAUGCAUAAUCAGCAAACAAAUGGUAGGAAUUUUUAUUACCAUAUGGGCAAGGAUUCCCCUACUUCCCUAUAUCAGACACACAAGUGUCUCCUCUGUAGGCUGUGGUAUCUUCGGCUGUCUUGGCAACAAGGGUUCAGUUUCGGUUAGAUUUUGCUUGCAAGAAACAAGCUUCUGCUUUGUGUGUUGUCAUUUGGCUUCUGGUGGAAAAGAAGGAGACAAGAGAGAGCGAAAUGCAAAUGCCUCCCAAAUACUAUCACGCACAAGAUUUCCUUCCGAUCCAUUUCACUGUUUGCCCAGCAAAAUUUUACAACACGACAGGGUAAUUUGGCUUGGCGACCUGAAUUACAGGAUUUACUUACCUGAACCCACAGCUAGAUCUUUAGUCAAUGACCGGCAAUGGAGCACAUUAUUACAAAACGAUCAGCUUAAGGCUGAACUAAGAGAAGGCUGUACCUUUGAGGGAUGGAAUGAGGAAGAAAUCGAGUUUCCGCCGACAUAUAAAUAUAACUUAGAUUCUGAUGAUUAUUAUGGCUGCAAUGAUCAGAAAGGAAAAAGGGGAAAGAGCCGAACCCCAGCUUGGUGUGAUAGGAUAAUAUGGUUUGGGAAAGGACUGAAGCAAAGGCAGUAUAAUAGAAGUGAGUGUAAACUGUCGGACCACAGACCAGUAAGAGCAAUUUUCACAGCAGAGGUCAAGGUUCAACGUCAAUCUACAGAGGCUUCAGAAAAAUUUGCCAAAAUAUUUGAUAACUUGUGAAAAUUUUCAAAUCAUGGCAAUUGUGAUUGAUCAUGGUUAAAGCUUGAAGAGUUUUCAAACACAAACAAUAGGCUAAUUUUCUGGUGCUGAAAAACGAGCUAAAUUUUGGAACACCAACAUAACUUUUGUGUGCACAGCAACGAAAUGAUCGAAUUUUUUGGGCAAACUUCUUCUUUUUCUUUUCAAGUUUUUAUGUAAUGAAAAAAGGCACAGUUAGACGGGGAGGGAUGGCCCAUGUUGUAAAAGUACAUACUAAGAAAAACACUUUUAACUUUUUAAUAAUGAGAA